AUGAUUUCAAAAUUCUCAAUCGUAUUUGCGCUGGUGAUUCUGUCGUUGGGGUCUAUCCAAGUUGACUGUAAUGGAGAUAAAGGAGGCGGUGGUGGCGAUGGUGGCGAUGGAGGAAAAUGCGGCAAUAAGUUAAAAGUGACCAUAUCGUUCGACAGUAUGGAUUGUAAUUCCAUCAACUACAUGAAAGAGCAGGUAAAACCAGCAGUAGACGAACUUUCCGGCUGUGUUGAGUGGGAUUUUAUUCCGUGUUCAACGUCAAAAAUCGUACAAGAUGUACUGCAAUGCAAAGAUGGAAUAGAUGAAUGUAACAUAGACGCUCUGCACGCUUGCGCUUCUCAUUUUUUUCAAGACAGCCAGUCGAAUGAGUUGGCUAAAUUUUUCACUUGCAUGAUGACUAACGGAGAUCAAAAAACUUCCGGUCAAAAGUGCGCACAACAAGCAGGACUUGACUGGAAUAAAAUCAAAGGAUGUAAACCAUGCAAUGAUGCGGGAAAAUAUUGCGAUAAUCGAUAUAAACUUUUGGAUAUGCUUCAUGAACCUAACAUCCCCGGAGUGAUGUUCAAUAGGAAAUUCGAUUGUAAAAAAGAACAAGACGCGAUGAAAGAUUUAAAAGGAACGAUAUGCGACGAACUGAAACAAACCGGUGGUCAAUGCCCUGCUUGUAACGGUUGUGGAGGAAAAGGCGGAGGAGGAGGAGGAGGAGGUCCUGGUGGCAGCGGCGGUGGUGGAAGUCCGGGAGGCCACGGUGGAAGUGGCUCAGGAGGCAGUGGUGGCGGUGGAGGAAAUUCCCCGAGUAAAGGAGAUGGAGGAGGAAAUUCUCCAAGUAAAGGUAGCGAAGGAGGAGGAGGAAAUCCUCCGAGCAAAAAUGACGGAGGAGGAGGAGGACAAAAUCCCAGUAUGGGAGUUAACCCAAACCCUCCAGAUAAUAGUUUACCAUCGGCGCCUCCAGGUACUCCGAAUUUCACGAAUUACGACAAUGGCAAUAAAUUCAGCUAUAAUGGUUUGAUAUUACCCAACAACGAUAACAAACUGAUGCGGAAAUAG